UCGUAACGCCGCCCCAAAUCGCGCGGCGAUAUCUUCCUUCUGCGUUCAUGUCGACGGUGGGGUACGGACCUCUCCCUCCGUAUCCGAUUCCGCCAUGGACGCUGAGGAAAUCGAUGUCGAAGAAGAAGAGAUGGAAGUAGAGGAGGUGGAGGAGGAGGAGGAGGAAGAGGAUCCCGAGGAAGAGGAAUUGAUUGAAGAGGUGGAAGAGGAAGUGAUUGAAGAAGAGGAAGAGGAUCCUGAGGAAGAGGAAUUGAUUGAAGAAGUGGAAGGGGAAGUGAUUGAAGAAGUGGAAGAGGAAGAGGAUCCCGAGGAAGAGGAAGAAGUGGUUGAGGUGGAAGAGGAAGAAGUGGUUGAGGUGGAAGAGGAGGGAGAAGAACAGGCGAAUCAGGAUGUAGAAGAAUCUUGUAAUUCACCGAGUAAACCUUCCGAUUUGCAAGAAGAUGUGGAAAGGGGCUCUGAGUCCAAUAGGCUUGAUGGACGCUUAGCCUCAUGUUCGUCCAGGACAGAGGAAUUCAAGUCAUGUCCAGAGUUGAAUUCUGAUGUUCGAGUGUUGAAGUCAACCUCACCUUCAGAUGAGCAAUCAACAACCCUAAAGGAUACAUGUCUAAGCUUUGAAAACUCAGAGAAGGAACUGACUUUGACUGAAGAUAAAGGAACCCAAGAUGCAUGGGAAGAUGAGAAGGAUUCUGAGUUGCCAACAGGAGAUUCAAAAGUUAACAAUCUAAGUCUGGAAAACAAUGAUAAGCCUAGACCGGAUAAUAUUGAGUUGGUAAGUCUUGGGAACACAGGGAUCAGUAACACUGCUGGAGGAAAGACUUGUGAUUCCGUUCCAAGCAGCAGUGGCGUGGGUCAGAGACCCAAUGGUGCUUGUAAUUCUGGGAACAAGCGAAGCAAUAUCAAGUCCGAAGACGAAAAUAGUGGCACCGUUUCCGGUAACCGUGCUGGAGAUAAGGUCUCUGAUUCUGUUCCAGGUGGUGCUGACAUUUGUCAGAAAACCGAUUUUGCUUGUAAUUCUGGAAAGGGCCGAAGCAAUAUCAUAUUUGAAGAUGAAAAGAGGGGAAUAAAGUCAAGGCCAAGGAGCUUUUCCCCUGGAGGUGAAAUUAAGGAACCGCAACAAAAACGUGCAGGAAUUGUUUGUGAUUUCUUUGCCAAAGGGUGGUGCAUCAGAGGGAAGUCCUGUAGGUUUCUUCAUGUAAAAGAUAAUUCAAAUAACGCUAACCAACGACAGGCAAGCAAUAAUGUAGCUGGAAACAGUGAAAUUCGGCCUGGUGAAGAAAGAAUAACAUCGGACAAUAGAGUUAGUGGAAAAUCUUGUGAGGCAAAACAGAAUAGCGAGGCUAGUUUACAUAGCAGAGAGAAAAUAUAUGUGGUCAACUCCCAAGCCUCUCAAAGGUUUUUCUCUUCCAAAGAGGAUAUGGGGUUUAUGUGGUCAUCAAAGGACAUGGGAAGAGAGAGACUGAAGCAAAAUUUCGGAGCUGAUGGCCUUGAGAACAGGUCUUUAUUCUUUAAUGGCGGGGAUCCCUCCAUACCUAGAAGCAGCUCUGUUCACGGGCAUAGAUCCUCGGUGUCUUCCAGCAGUAAACUUGAUAUCGUACCUUCUCAACCAGCAUGGACAAGAUCAUUUCACACGAGUGUGUCUGCUUCUGGUGGGCAGGGGCAGUUUGAUAGUGGGAAUAAGUUUUAUGGAUCUGAAUCACUUUCUCAUCGAGAUCCUGAAGGCAACGCUGCUAGCAAGAAAGCAAAAGUUACUUCAAAUGAUUGGGAACCUUCUGAACCUUUUCGACCAUCUUUUGUCAUUCCACCUUCAAUACUUCCUCCAUGCAGUACCAUGUAUGACCCCUUCCUCGAUGGCAUGGAUGCACAAAAUCUAGAAGACGAUCUUCUUAAUGAUUCAGUGUCAAGCAAAGGGGAACACACUCAAAAAACAUCCCAUCAUCACAAAGAUGGUGAUUCCGGAAGUGGGCCUCAAGCCGAAGACUGCAAUGAUGAUAAAAGCAGUUCUUGCAGUCAAAAUCAAUACCAAGAAGCUGCACCAGAAAAGAAUUCUGAAAUACAUGAAAUGGAGAUGAUGGCUACUUCUGUGGUUGAGCAAAAUGAGGUAAACCCCAAGAAGGGAAAAUCUUCAGGGCCUGCACAUAAAAAAGAUGUGAAAAGAAGUAGGCCUGCUGGAGGUUAUGACGCUUGGCGUAAAAGCAACAUGUCUUCCAAUAUAAAGAUUGCGAGAGCAGACAAGGCGACAGAUGAUGUAGAUGGUGAAGUAAGGUCUGAUGCUGGAAUGAAAGUAAUGAGAAAUUUCCGGACAGCACUUAUAGAAAACAUCAAAGAACUGUUGAAACCGAUAUGGCGCGAAGGUCGGCUCAGUAAAGACGUGCAUAAUAUGAUAGUGAAAAAGGCCGUCGAGAAGGUAAUUAGCACUGCUGUCCAGUUCCACCAGGUUCCAACUGAUACCGAAUCCAUUGAGCAAUAUCUUUCUGUUUCCCAAACCAAAAUUGUGAAGCUUGUGGAGGGAUACGUUGAGAAGUUCCGUAAAUCCUAAGGCUUUCGGUCUCCAAGCAGACACCCCAUUUGUUGUACAUAUCGAUCGGGUGGUUCAAUUGCAGCUUUUGCCUGAACGAUUCCGACACUGAUCGAGUUUCCUAACUGUUCAUCCAUCGGGAAGAAGACUGGGAAAACGUAUAAUGUUGAGCUGGUUAUCCAAAGUUCGUGAGAGACAGGCAUCACGUGAUUGGAACAUUGUUCACGUGUCACUGUCUUAGGCCAUCUUUCGUUGUGGGCCCUCAUAAUGGGUUGUCGUUUAGUACAAUGAUGACACCCCAUCUCCUUCUCUCUUAUCCCAUUUUGACUUUUCAAGGUUUCAGUAAAGGGUGAUUAUGUAAUUUCCACUUAUGAAAUGAUAUGAUUAAUAUCAAUUCCCAACUGUGUAUUAUAUCGUAAAAAUUAAACAAAGAUAAUCUGAAAUUCGGACAAAAAUUAUUGUAGAAUUCGUAUGACCAAUUACUUGAGUUCCAUAUUUA